CACGUAUUCACAUAAUUAUAAUUUUUAACACGAGAAGUCAGACAAUGUAUUGGUUUUGGAGAAAAUAACACCAACAAAUCCAAGAAGUCCAUUGAUGAUGUUGCUGUUGCCGGCUUCCUUCCUGCCUCCUUUACCAAUCGGGCAUUCAUUCCUCUAGAGACUUGGAAACUUCCUCCUCUUUAAUUGACCAUUGUCGCACCUCUCCUCUGCUACUUAAAAACCCCCUCUCAAUUUCUUCCAACCAAAACCAAAAACCUCUCUUUGUCGGCAAAUUCUCUUCCUCGAGAACUCAAAACCAAACAAUCAUGACAAAAUCACGGCAACAUCAUCAUCGUUUCGUAAUUCGCACAAUUCUUCUUCUCCUCUCAGUUCCUUCAAUCUCUGCUCACUUUUUCCCUAACUACACUUCAAUCCCAGAAGAGUUGCUCAAGAACGCCACCGGUAAUCCGUGGGAUUUCUUCCAACAACUAGCCGGCUGCCACGCAGGUAAAAAAUACGACGGCUUAGCCAAGCUCAAAAACUACUUCCAAUACUUCGGCUACAUCCCCAAUUCCCUCUCCAAUUUCACCGAUGAUUUCGACGACAACCUCGAAUCUGCUCUCCGAACUUACCAACAAAACUUCAACCUUAACGUCACUGGCCAACUCGACGACCAAACAGUGAACCACAUCGUGCGGCCCAGAUGCGGCAAUCCGGAUAUAAUCAACGGCUCUACGAGCAUGAACUCUGGCAAGACCAAUAAUACCUCGUCAAGCCAUCACUUUCACACGGUCUCUCAUUACAGCUUCUUCACUGGCCAGCCUCGUUGGAGAAAACAAGCCUUAACCUACGUGUUCUUGCCGGAAAAUCAACUAUCCGACGAGGUCAAGGCCGUUUUCUCCCGCGCUUUUGACCGUUGGUCAACGGUGAUUCCAUUGAAUUUCUCACAGACGGAUUCUAUCUACACAGCUGAUAUCCGGAUUGCGUUUUUCAGUGGCGAUCAUGGAGAUGGAGAGCCGUUUGAUGGGGUCUUGGGGACACUAGCACACGCUUUUUCUCCCCAAAAUGGGCGACUCCAUCUUGACGACGACGAGCAUUGGGUUGUAACAGGUGAUGUCAGGACAUCAGCGUUGACGUCAGCUGUGGAUUUGGAGUCCGUGGCAGUGCAUGAGAUUGGACAUUUGUUAGGUUUAGGGCAUUCCUCUGUGGAAGAGUCUAUCAUGUACCCUAGUAUUUCUUCAAGGACAAGGAAAGUUGAAUUAGCCAGCGAUGACAUUGAAGGGAUCCAAACGCUGUAUGGUAGCAAUCCUAAUUUUAAUGGUUCAUCUGCACAGUCCGUUCAGGAAGAGACCGGUAGCGGUAGCGGUGCCGGCCAUUGUGUCCAUUCGAGGUGGGGUCUAACUGGGUUAAUCAUGGCCUUGUGCUUUACUUUCCUUCUUUUGUAGAUUAGACUUUAGAUUAGGUUACAUAUAUAACAUGAAUUUCAUUUUUUAUUUUUAAU